AUGCAGUCUUCCAAGAUGAAGCUGGUGGUUCCAUAUGGCCUCAGGAUCCUGCUGGAGGGGGUGAGCCAGGCUGUCGUCGAGAGCAACCCCAAGGACAUCACUCAGUUCUUUGCUCUCUAUUUCCAAGAGCUUGUCACCUUCCAGAAAGGGAGUGGGAAUCACAGCCUGGAGAAGACAGCAUCAGAGUUCACAGACACUCCCUCUUCUGGGGAGCCCGAGCAACAGGACAAGUCUACUGACACAGAGGAAGACCACAUCCUUGAGGAACCUGAUAUUCAGCAUAGCUCCAAAGCAACUCAGCAGCCCUCGACCACCAGUUGCAUUGCAGAGAGCAGAUGCCCCCCCGGGUCUGGUGGAGCUUUGUCCCCUGAGGAACCCCAGCUGGCCUACGUCCCUGCCCAGCCUGCCCAGCUGGCUGCCCACCUCCUAGCCAUGGCAUCAGGAGAAGCAGGACAGCCACCCCCACCUUCUAACCUCUGGACCCUCUAUUGCCUAACUGACUUGAGACAAGGUCACAGCUCCCCACCACCUGCUGCUAGAGCUGGGGGGUGCGCACCCCUCGCUCACCCCGGGGAGGAAGAGGAGCAGAGCCUGCAGCUGUCACAAGCAUCAGCUCCCAUUUAUGUGAUGCAAGACAAAAGCAGGAGGGGAAAGGCUCCACCCUUGAUCUUGGUGGGCUCCAGUGUGCAGCCCCCCCAGGGCUGGGAGCCCCUCCCUGGCCACGCUGUCUUUGCAGGGCAGGGGGCAGGGGCUAGGAGGAGGUUCAUGACCCUCCCAGUGCCCGUGGCCAGGCCAGCUGCUGAGGAGACAGAGGAAGGAGGAGCUCAGCCAAGCCCACCCCCUGUGCUCUCCGUUGCCAUCCCUCUGGAUGAUGUUGGUGUCUGCCAGGAGAGGUUCAGCAGCACACACAGGUAG